CUUCCUUCACGUGGAUGUCUCAGUUGCUUGGAUACCGAACCAAAGAACACACAGCACCGCGCUUCGCCAGUGUCCCCGGAUUCGUUCUCUCGUAAACCCUCAAAUUUCCCCGGGUUCAAAUUUUAACAAUUCAUCAAUAUUGCGACAUUUUUCUAACGACCCACAGUUCGCCUCUCCAACCUUGUAACCGGUUGCGCUCUCCCAGAAACCCCCGAAAGUAAGUGUUGCUCCUCACAAACAAUGCUCCUUCUAACUUGUGAUUCAUAUCAAUUCCGGCCCCAUCAAUGUCGUAAAUAACUUAUCAUCUGAGCCCGGAAGCUUCAGACUCGCAUACUAACUCAAAUGCAAGCAGAGGUGGAAACUCGGCCCCCGUUGGAAAAAGAGCUUGCGCUAGGGUUGAGCGAGGGGCAUUUGGAGCGAAUCAACAGCGCCCUCAGCGAUUCCUCAGUGACGGGCGGGAAAGUGCGGCAGUUCUUCCAGGAGCGGCGAUGCCCGCGCAGUAAGAGUCACGGCGCCACCGCCCGCGGCUGGGACAAGAGCUUCCCGUUGGAGCCCCUCAAGAAAGGGGUCAAGGCCAAGACCAUCCCCCUACACACCCCCAUCCUCAACCUCGACGAGAUCAACUCAAACCUCAGGCUCAAGGAUAAGUUCAGUUUCAACAAAAGCCCUGGGCUUAACGGUGACACGCAAGGCCUGAGCAACAUCAACACUGUGAUAUUCACGAAGCUGCCCAACAUCGGCGGACCGCUCAUCUCCGAGAAGAAACCCGAUAACAGGAUCGGCGAAGAGUUCAAUGCUCAGAGUGGCAUAACCACCAACAAAGGGGAAAUGUCGCCCACCAAGGAUGUCAGUGCUAUCACCAGAGGAAUUUCCCGCCUACCAGUCUCGCCCAAAAGAAAAAUCGAGCCUCCGAAACCGAUCGGCGGCCUGACGAAAGUGGCGAGCACAGAGGAGAAAAAGCCGCAAGCUCCACCCCAAGCUCCGGGCCGGCGAGUUCCGCGCCCCAACAUCACGACGACGACUCUGAACCCGCCGAAGACUGUGACGACAGCCAAACCGACGAUCCCGGUGAUCAAAUCCCUGAAACCACCGGCCGUGAAACCGGCGCCGCUGAAACCCAAGGCCCCAGCGCGGGCGGGGGCGGGGGCGGGGGCGGGGGCGGGGGUGGGAGCGAAGGCGGCGCCCAAGGACGAGACAGCGACGGACUUCGACCCGAAGAGCCGCCCGGUGCCCCCCGGCCUGGAGCAGUGCCCCAUCUGCUUCCGGAGCUUCGCGCCCGACCGCAUCGCCGCCCACAAGAAGGUCUGCCAGAAGACGACCAAGAAGAAGCGCAAGGCCUUCGACCCCGUCAAGCAGCGGCUCGAGGGCACCGAGGCCGCCCAGUUCUUGACCAAGAAGGGCGGCAAGGUCCCCACACCACCGGCGCCGAAAAAAUCCAACUGGAGAGCAAAGCACGAGGAAUUCAUAAACAACAUAAGAGCGGCCAAAUUAGCGCAAGAACACGUGGCGAAGGGCGGGAAAUUGUCCGACCUGCCGCCGCCACCCCCGAUGGACACCUCCCACCUGACCCCGUGCCCCCACUGCGGCAGGAAGUUCAACGAGCAGGCCGCCGAAAGGCACAUCCCCAGAUGCGCCGAGAUCAGCAAAAGAACUCCAAAGAAACCGACCCCUGUCAAAAGGAGAUGAAUCCAUCCUCCUCGUGAAAAAUAAUCUAAUGGAAUCCAUUUUGGAUGUAAGGGAAAAACUCUGCAUCACAUGUGAACCUUUGAGAGCACGAAUUCUGAUGCGUUUUGAGGUUCAAGUGGAAAUCCUCAUAAGCCUGUGUCACACUAUCAAAAUGUCAAGGUCAAGUGUUGUGAUUGGUCCAAGUCAUCGAAUUAGCCAAUCACACCACCUGACCUCGAUAUUUUGAUGGCUAGUUUUGAUAGUGUGACACAGGCUAUAGCUUGUUUUUCCUCACGGCCGUCUGAUCAGACUUUGAAGACACGCUUCGGUUGUGGCUCGAUGCAUUCGUCAUAUGACGUCACCUCCCGGCCAGAGUAUCACAAGCGCCACGCGACGUUAGAAAAUAUCCGUAAACAUAUUUAUUUUUUUACACAGAAAUUGUUGGUUGAAUCUGUUUGAGAAUUUUACCGAAUUUUAUCGGCAGCACAAAGAAAAUUCAGUGAAAUUUUCGGACAGUUUCGUCGAACAAUGUCCCUGUAAAAUAAUAAAAGGGCGGCGGGAAAAAACAUCGCACGGUGCUUGUGACGCUUUGGCCGGAAGGUGACGAUGAGACAAAUUCAUAGGGAGUUUCCGAUAUGAAACUCACUGACUGAGCAAAAGACUGAAAAGUUCCUUAACGAAAUUUCACCAUGUUUUUACUCAAUUUGUCGCUCCUUAGAAUGUUGGAAUUGAUUCAAAUGUUAGACGCUGAUCUCGAGGGCACAUAAGAAAAAAGUGGAUUCGAAGUUCCUUUUUCAAGCGACGAGGUGGUUUCAAUCCAUCUGAGGUGUCUUUUAACCCUACAUCUAGUCGAACUUUCUUCGGAACUAUUUGAGAUGACCCCUAACCUUUUUUUUUUUUUAGAUAAACCCCAAUCUUCAAUCAGAAAUGACCCCAAAUUAUUUUUCCGAGAUGACAUAGAGAACCCCGUUUUUCAGAUGCCCUCCAUCUUCCAUUAUAUUCCCCGAAAUUCCGGCUUAAUGAAACCUCCCCCCCUCCCCCCACUCACGGAAUUGCAUAAACACUCUAUUUGAGAUGACCUCUACAUACCAAUUGACCACGAAUCCUCUUCCGAUUCUGAAACGUCCUUUUUCCGUUUAAAGCCGAGGCACACGAGUGUACUUUGUGAGUUUGAACGAUGUUCUAAUGGAGCAAAUUGUCGAAGCGUGUCUUCGUUGAUAUAGAUUUACCUACGUAAAUUAACUUUUUUAUUGUUUAUAGGGCCGGAUUUACUUAUUUGCCGCCCAUAGGCCGCCUGUAUUUUGCCGCCCCUUUCUAGUCCGUUUUAUAUCAUCAUUAAGAAUCAUCAAAUGGACGUGCUGAGGGGGAUGCAUAAGAAGCGUUUAUAUACUCAUGUUGGGCGCGCUUUUUUUGAAAUCCCUGUCCACACUAGCAUAAAAUCUCGAAACUUCGUACGAAAGUUAAAGCUGCACUUUUACCAGCAAAGGACGAAAAAGUCAGAAAUUACUUUAGUUUUAUACUCUCGGGAUUUGAGAGAUCUUGCCGGCUUUUUUAGUUCGUAAUUUUUUUUCUGAACCCGAAAUAUAUUUUUUUGAUGCCCAUGUUUAAAAAAAUUGCAAAAAUUGCCGCCUCCCUAGAUCCGGUCCUGCAAAAAAACCAAUUUUUUCCCACUGUUACUGUAAAUCAUUUAGGUGCAAUAAUAAGUAAUAACAGAUGUUUCCUCCUGACCUCACAGAUUUUUUUGCUUUUCUAAUGCGAUUUUCGACGAGACAUUUGGGGUCCAAAAAAUAGCUUAUAUCUAACUUAAUAAAAUCAGGAGCUUCCAAGGAAAUAAAGCAAGUUUACCGCUGGUGCCUUAGUAGGUAGAGUAAAUGGGGUGCGAUUUCCUUUCCUCAUGAAACUUUUAAUUUUGAAAAUUCCUAAGUAUGAUCAUUGUCAAUUAUCUACAAUACUGUUUUCACUCAUUCUUUAUUGUUCAAAACUCCUGCGUCAGCCAGCUUUUAUCCGAAAACGAUAAGUGAAUGAAUCAGAGAUUUAUUCUAUCCUUUGUUUUAUUUUAAACGUACAACAUCUUCAACCAUAUUUCGCAUCUCAUUUUUGUAGAUUUCUAUCAUUGUCACCAAUUCUAUACUUGGUUUAUAGUCAUGUUUGUAUAGAACCAGCUCUAUUUUCGAUGAUUCCUCUGUGCAAGUAAACCUACCUCUAACAAUAAGCAGUUAACAAAUAAAAUCCAGUUACAUAAAA